GUGGGUGGGGAAGGGUCCUCAGGCAGGCAUUCGCACUGCACACGUACUGACGGGCUGCUUAAUCUGGCAACAGAUCUGACCAAGCCCUGAAUAAAGCAAAAGAGCCACGUUUCUUCCGAUGCCUGUGUGGGCAAUGGAGACGCUUCUCCAGGCGAGCUCCACAAAACACACCCAUUUCCUCCGCUUUGUGCACAGAUCAAUAAUUGAAGGCGAGCUCACGCAGAGGAAAAACAGCGGCGUCGCCCCAGCCUGUCGAUGUCAAUUAAAGGCAUUUCUUCCCUGCUGCAAGCGAUGCCUGACGAACUUCGACCUUUAAGACAAGCCAGGCAAAAGCUAGGAGAGGAUCGGGUCCUGGAGUCGAGGCAUCUCCACGCUGGAGGAAGGACCCCGCCCCGGCGAUGCUGGCGAGGUGCUUGGAGAAGUUUCACGCUCCUAAACGGGGUUUCAGCAGCCACCGCAGCUCUUGAGGUCAUCUCCCCUGCCCCAUAUAGUUCUGGAAGACACUCAGUAUGAAAGGGCUGAGCCUGAGGGAUUUAACAGAGGCUGAUUUUGAAGACAAUGAGAUCAGCAUCAAUGUUGGGGGCUUUAAGAAAAAGAUGAGAUCCAACACCUUGUUGCGAUUCCCUGAAACACGACUGGGUAAACUGCUGAGCUGCAAUUCAAAGGAAUCUAUUUUAGAGCUUUGUGAUGAUUACGAUGACACCAAGAAUGAGUUCUACUUUGACAGGAACCCUGAACUUUUCCCUUAUGUGCUACAUUUUUAUAACACUGGGAAGCUGCAUGUGAUGGGUGAGCUCUGUGUGUUUUCCUUCAGCCAGGAGAUUGAAUAUUGGGGAAUCAAUGAAUUCUUUAUUGAUUCUUGCUGCAGUUACAGCUACCAUGGGAGAAAAAUGGAACCUGACCAAGAAAAGUGGGAAGAUGACAGUCACCAGGAAAGCACCACUUCUUCCUUUGAUGAGAUCUUGGCCUUCUACAAUGAUGCCGCUAAGUUUGACAAGCAACCCUUUGGGAAAGUCAGGCGGCAGCUAUGGUUAGCGUUAGACAAUCCUGGCUAUUCUGUCUUGAGCCGAAUAUUCAGUGUCCUUUCCAUCAUGGUUGUUCUUGGAUCCAUUGUAACCAUGUGCCUGAACAGCCUCACAGACUUUCAGAUCGUUAACAGCAAUGGGAACUCUGAGGAAGAUCCCCGAUUUGAAAUCGUGGAACAUUUUGGUAUUGCAUGGUUCACAUUUGAGCUGGUGGCCAGGUUUGCGGUAGCCCCAGACUUCUUGAAGUUUUUUAAGCAUGCACUCAAUCUGAUUGACCUCAUGUCUAUCCUUCCAUUUUAUAUAACUUUAAUUGUUAACUUGGUGGUGGAAAGUAGUCCUGCUUUAGCUAAUUUAGGCAGAGUAGCCCAAGUCCUGAGACUCAUGAGGAUAUUCCGCAUCUUAAAACUUGCUAGGCACUCAACAGGUCUCAGAUCCCUGGGGGCUACCCUCAAGUAUAGCUACCGGGAGGUAGGGCUUCUUUUGCUUUACCUCUCAGUUGGAAUCUCUAUAUUCUCUGUAGUGGCUUACACAAUUGAAAAAGAAGAAAACAGGGGCCUGGAGACCAUUCCUGCUUGCUGGUGGUGGGCUACAGUUAGCAUGACCACAGUUGGCUAUGGAGAUGUUGUCCCAGUGACCACAGCAGGCAGGCUGACAGCUUCUGCAUGUAUCCUAGCUGGGAUCCUGGUGGUAGUCCUUCCCAUCACACUCAUCUUUAACAAGUUCUCCCAUUUUUAUAGGCGCCAAAAGCAACUAGAAAGUGCCAUGAGGAGCUGUGAUUUUGAUGAUGGGAUGAAAGUGGUUCCUUCUGUCAACUUAAGGGAUUACUAUGCCUAUAAGGUUAAGUCUCUUAUGGCCAGUCUCACCAACAUGAGCCGAAGCACACCCAGUGAACUGAGUCUAAAUGAUUCACUUCAUUAGUCCUUGGUUCUAAGGCCAGUUUGCAUGAUGGAAAGCCAAGAGCUGCAUUGAUAUUUGUUGUGUCUCUCACCCCAGUGUCUGGUGAUGUUGUUGAUGCUGCACCAAGGACAGAUCCACAUAACUGCUCCUUCCGCCAUAAGGUGGCUUCUUUGCAGUGGGUCUCUGGUAGGAAUUCACAUGUACGUCAAUCCUGUGAAUGGUUCUCCACAUGAUCAGAAUCUUUAUUAUGGUCAUUGACCAGAAUAGGUUCACCACAUGCAAAGGGUCACCUGAUGGGGAAUCAAUAGUUGUGGAAGUCCACUUCCCUUGGCACUGCUGAAGGAGAUGUAGUUUAAUUACAGGUUGGCACUUAGUACUUUUUCAUCCUGCUGCAUAGAAGCAACCUCCUGGGUUUUCUAUACAGCUGUUGCUUUCUCCAUGAUAUUAGUGCUGGUGCAAUGCUUCUUUGUCACAUGUGUGUUUUGCUUUGGAAGUCCCUGUGUGAGUACGAACGAGAAUAUUUCCAGGAAGACAAAAACAAAAUCACCUGCAAAGUUAGAUUUUAUAGUUUACAAUUAUCCCUGUUCCAUGCACUAGGAUGUGACACAGCAGAAAAGCUACCCAAUUGCUGCUUAAUUUUACCCCAACCUGAAGCAGUUAUAGUACCCUCAAUGCUUUCUGAAAGCCACUUGUCCCCUCCCCCUUAUACGUUUCUGACUAAUUAAGAAUUCACUUGGGAUCUCACUGCCCCUUUAUAAGAAGUAAUGCUGUCAUAACCACAUUUGUUCAACCAUGAUGGGGUUUAAUUAUUUGUCAGAAACAGGUAUGGAUUCCAAGCAGUGUGAUACUUUAAGCUAGUCAAAGGCUUGCCAUGUUUGCUAGGAGGGAGGAAGAAUUGCCAUAGGAAGAGCGAGAUACAGCUCCAGCCCUGCUUUUCAAAACCUGCCCCUCAGACCAAGCACGGGAUCGCAGACUUGGUUGAUCAAAUCUUCUCUUAUUGGCAGAGCCCCAUCUUGGUUCAGUGUCUUGGUUAUGCUAGAGUGUAUGGAGGGAUAUUGCAAAACUGUAGCCCUAUUCAGACACUAGGUUGAACACUCGUAUGAGUUUCAGUGCAUACCGGCCCAGUUAUUCACACUUUAUGUAGCGCACAGGUACAACAGUGCACUUCCUAGCUGUUAUAUGCAUUUGAGGGCUCUGUACCCAGAUUCAGUUUUAAAAUGAAUGCAGGAACAGUCAUUCAGACAAAAACAUGUACAGACACCUGUAUACUCGUACAGUGUAAUGUCUGAACAGGGCUUAUGCAAGAACAUUGAGAAUUAACAUCUGUAUAGAAAGGGCUGAUAUCUUCAGGACCAUUCACCAUCAGCGCAUUUCUCUUUCUGCUGGAGUCAUUGAGCAGGAACUGAGUUAGACCUGGAAAGAGAGGUUUUGAAAUGCAUCUACUCCAGGCCUGCACAACAUUAGGCCCGGGGGCCAGAUUCGGCCCACAGAGACUAUUUUACUGGCCCCUCAGGUAUCCUGCAGCAACACAAGAGCUGGGAAAUGCCUUAUAGCGCCAUCCUGUGCGUGCGUUCUCAGAAAUAUGCUCCAAGAUGUGCCCAGUGAGGCUUACCCCCAUGUAAGCAUGCCUAGUAUUGCAGCCUGAAAGCAACAACAACUAGGGAGAGGAGAGGACUUGGCAUUUGUUUGGGGCUGACAUGCACUCUAGAGGCCCCACUCACUGAGCACAAGGACAGCACCUCUUCUCUGACCACUAUCCUUGGUUAAAACUAUGGGUCCAUUGACGGGGGGAUAGAUCCACAAGUAACUAAUAUAAUAAUUUUAAUUUUAAUGUAAUAAUGUGCUAAAAAAUUGAUCUUGGCCCCUGCACUCCACAUUGUAGAUGGUUCCAGCCCACCAGGGCAUUUGAGUUGUGCAGCCCUGAUCUACUCCAUCUACUCCAGUUAGUGGGAUGCAUCAGGCUGACUUCACAAAAAUGCCUUCACAGUUUGGAUACCCCAAUUUUUGUGUGCCCCAAAAGGUAUUUAAGGCCUAAUCUCCACAGAUGCCAGAAAACAGCUCCUGUUGAUUUCAUUUACAACUGAAGUCCCCCCCCUCCGCCCACCACUUCUCAGAAACAAAACAAAACAAAAAAGCUGGCUGAGUUAGGUGACCAACAUAGAUAUCUAUACAAUUAGGAGAUAGUCUUGUGACUGCCAAGUGAAGGGAAAUAUUCCAAAGUGAGUGAUAAAGACCGUAUUAGAGAAGCUAAGAAUUGCCUGGUGGAUAAAAAUGUAUUAAAGUGAUAUCAUAUAUAUUUCCCAAAUACUCCCCAGUUUUUAUCGUAAAGAACUAAUAUUAAGCUUUGCGCAUGAAUGAACACUUGUGUCCUGUAGGCAGUACUUCAUUAAAAUUUUGGUGAAUUAAAUAUUAACAUAGGAAGCUGCUUUAUACUGAGUCAGGCCAUUGGUCCAUGUAACUCAGUAUUGUCUACUCCAGGGUAGGGAUGCACCCGAACCGGUUUGGCGCCUCCUUAGGGAAGUGCCUAACCAGUUUGGGCACUGGCGUUCGAACCAGUCCAGCAGGACAGAGGGCGGUUCCCUUAAAAACCAGGUAAGCAGGUCCUUACCUGCUCCUCUGCUGCCCCACCACUUUUCCACGUGUGGUGCUCACUGCCCAAAAGGCCGCAUGUGGCUGCAGCGCUGCUCCCCAACACCCACAGCUACACGAGCUGUUCAUACACCUCCUUACUCCAGAGCUGCAGAACUUCAGCCCCACCCCCCAGCUAUUGUUGGACUGUCGCUCCCAUCAUCCAUGUGUCUGCUGUGGAUGGGGAUAAUGGGCGUUCUAGUCCAACCAUAGCUGGAGAACUGAAAUUUUGUGGCCCUGGUCUACUCUGAGUGGCAGCAUCUCUCCAGGGUUUCAGACAGGGAUUUUUCUCACCCCUACCUGGAGAAGCCAGAGAUUGAACCUGGGAUCUUCUACACACAAAGCCCUACCCCCGAGCCACAGCUCUACAGCAAAUAUCCUCUUCGCAAACACUUUUAUACCUUAGGGCAGCCCUUAAGGUAUAACAUAUUAUAAAAUAUUCUUUUAAAAAUAAUGCAAAGCAGCUGAAGGUGGGAAGAGGACUGGCAGGUGAAUGGGCAGAUAGUGGCUGUUUAGUGUUGAAACCUUUCCAGCCAUUUGUCCACUCAAAAUCCCAACCUCUCUCCAAAAAUGUGUUUUUCCCACCCUGAGAGAUAAUGGAUAUGAGGCCCUGUAAAUUAACUUGGUGGUGGAGGGAUUUUGAGUGGACAAAUGGUUGGGAAGGAAUGUUAAGCAGCCCUAAGUACUUUAUUUACCCAAAUACAAGAUUGCUCAUCAGUCUAAGACUUAUUUAAGUCUUAAAUUAUUUCCCCUUAAGAAAAUAGAGGUUAAGCUCAGGUUGUACCCUUAUUUACUCAAAAGGAAGAGGACUCUGGAUUUAAGAUGACCCCCUGAUAUCUAACAUGAACAAAUUUGCUGGGGCGGGGGGGAGGGGCGGGCGUAGUCUUGGAUCCAGGUAAAUACAGUCACUAGCACCUCCUCCUGUGUUCUGUUUUCAGUAUCAUUGACUUGAUUGUACAUUUUGGGAACGAUCCAGUCAAAAUUAAGUACUUUUAGAGAGCCAAGUGUGUGCUUCACUCUCCCAUGGAAAUCAAUGAGACUUAAAAGUGCUUAACUGUGAUUGGAUUGUUCCCUUGCUUCCAAGUGAGUAUACUUGGAACUGAAGCUUAAGGUAUCACUGUUACUUAGAAAUCCUUCAGAACUUCCGCUCUUCAUAAAACCAUCAAAAUAACACUAUGUGCUUUGUGUGUGAGCUGAGCAAUGAGAUAAAUCUAACUGACAGAGUGGAGGGAACGCAUGUUUUUAAACCUUUGAAUAAUGGCAUGAGAGUCUUUUUCCCUACCUAUAUACAGCUCAGGAAGCCGAUGGAAUUUCUGUUUAAAUGUAUAUCUUGCUCUUCUGACACACCGUCCCUCCAAGUGACUUACAGUGAAACAAAUAAAAUGUAGUAAAAUUGCAUUAAAAGACAGAAAAAUAGAAUUAUUAAAUAUACUUUGAAAGAAAAAAAACAACCAACUCUGUGGCUAUAGAAAGGCUGGCAGAAGAGGAAAAACCCUAAUCAGAUGCUAUGUUGUAUGUGCGUCCAACAUGUACAUUGUCUGACUCAUGUACAUGUUAUUGUGUGGAAUGUAUAUGCAUUCACUUCAGAAGUGAACCUGGGUAAAGGAUCUCUCAAAUGCAGGCUACAGAUAGGAAGUGUACUACUGUACAUGCACUAAACAUGAUGUGAAUAAUGAUGUGUGUAUAGAUCUGUACAUGCACACACUGUACAUAGCUUGUAUGUGCAUUUAACAGAAUGUGUGAAUAGAACUAAAUGGUAUUGCCCAAUCAUCUAUAGAUUACAAUUGAAAAAGUCUAAUAAAUUUCACCUGGGAGGGCAUUCCGUGAUAUAUAAAUGUGUCUUCCUCACCAAUUACAUAUGGCAAAUGGACAGACACUCACUCACUGAGGCCAUCAUUCAUAUAUUGUCAAACUACAUGCUUGCUCUACAUCACAGAGGUUAAUUGCAAGGUUGGAAAAAUGCAACGUAAGAAAUGGCUUUCUUUUGGCUGCAGCUACAGUUCAACCCAUGUUAGAUUGGGUAUCUAAGUAGAUUCAAGGUUGUUGAUGAUGAUUUCCAUAUUGUGCUGGUUAUACACUGGUUCCAUAAGUCUCCAAGCCCAUUGCUGCUGCUGCUAGCAAAUAUGGAGAGCCUCUGUGGCUCCUAAGGAUUGCAUCUGUGCCAUGGGAUGCUCCCUCCUUUAGGGAAGCAUCCUAGAACACAGACACAAUCUUUAGGAGACAUGGAGGCUCUCUGUGUUUCCUAGCAGCCGGGGUGUAGUGACCAUUGAGAAAGGGAGGACAAUUGACCCUAGGCCCCAAGGGUGCCCCCUUUGCGCCCUUGCCCCCUCCCACAUGCAGCUGGUGAGCAAAGUGCUUGCCAGCUGGGAGCUCCAUUUCAGCGAUUCCACCAACCACUGACAAGGGAAAUGAAAUUAUGCCAGGGCUGUGACAGCCCCAUUCCCUGUACUGGCCCCGCCCCCUGGCAUCUGACAUCAGAUGCAGGGCAUGUGCAAAAGAACAUCCAGGGGGUGGGGGAGCUGCCGGCCAGACUUUGUCCCCCAGCCCCCGCAAACAUUCCCUACGCCCCUGACUAGCAGUGUCGAUAGGCUUUGGAGAGUCAUAGAACCAGAACAUACACCCCAUUCAUCCAUCUGCAGAGCACUGUGCAGUAUUAAGGUGUUAUAUUCUGUAAUCUAGAUGGGCUCAAAGAAUGGUUUUAUAUGAACACACUGCAACAUACAUUAAUUGGAAUGAAAUGCCAUUGGUUUCAAUAAGACUUGUUUUCUACAUAAUUGUCUCAGUUUGAGGGAUCCAGUGAACGCAGAUCUGUACACAUACAGGAUGUCCCCCAACUUUGAAGACGAUGUUGCAGCCCCUGCUGAUAAGGAACUCUGAGUCCACAUUGGAUCCCUGCAGGGCUUUGGAUCAUAGAACAAAAUUAGGCAUCUUUAAUCAUACAUGAAUGCACGGGAAAAGAAGCUACAUGCAUUCACUGCUCUUAGCUAUAUUCACACACACACACACACACUACCACCAUCACCACCACCACCACAUAUAGGCAACAGCUUACCAAACAGAAACUUGUCACAGCAUGUGUGUAACCAUUGGGGGAUCUGUUUACACCCUGCUGCCAAGUGAGUACAUACUCCUUUGCUUCCCCAGUCCUGAUCCAGUGUAGAAAUGUGAUAAGAUUGUCUCACCAUUUGGCAGGACAAUACAGACAACCUGUUUCCCAAACAGAAGCAUAAUGUUAUGGGAAGCGAAUCACUUGUUAAAUAGGUGUCUGUAGUCACACAAAGGAAUAGUUCCAUCUGCGAUUUAUUGGGUUCACAUUGGGUAGCAACAUUUAUGUCUCUGAACUAGAAGCCAAUAGGUUCACCAAACCAGAAAGACCCAUAUCACUUUGGGUGUUAAAUCUGUAUUUAUUUAUAUAAUCAGAGGUGAGGUGAUAGUGAGAGAUCUGAAUGUACAACAGUCCAGAAUAUCAGGUACUCCAUUUUAUGUAUCUGAAGGUCAAAUGUGGUGCUUAUAACUAGGAAUCCAGAUACAACAUAAUUUGUGCCCUUCAGCACAGGACUGAGUUCAAAGUACAUCAUACACCCCCAGGUAUAACAGGCAGUACUUUGACAUGUAGGUAUGGCAAGCACCAUAUGUUCUGAUGGUCUUGACUGGGGUCUCAUUUAGGUGUAUGGAAACUGCCAAAAUGCUUGUGGCCAUAAUAAACAGCAGCACAUAAACUACACAGUUUAUGUCCAAGCUCUUCAGCCCUUGACAGAAAUAUGUAGAGGAAUUCAAUAAAGGUGGAAUUCCAUAUACAGUUGAAAAUGUCUCCUAUCCUCUCUCACACAUUUAUUUAUUUUAAUAUUUAUGGGCUGCUAUCCACUUGUAAAAGCCUUCAAAGUGGCUUAUAAUUAAAAAUAAGUUUGAAAAGAUAGGAACAAUAAAACAAUAUAAAGGAACAAGACUGUGAUAUAGCAGAAGCAAAAGACAUCGUAUGGCAGCACACAGCCAGACAGAUACCUAAUUAGCUUGAUCUGUCAUUUUGGCCUCUGGCAACUUCUAGCUUCAGACAGAGUUAAUUUAUUUGGCUUAAAAAUCAAAGAGUUCAAAGAGUUCAGAUUUCAUACCAAAGAUCAUGUUGUUAAUACCUAGCCCAAAGAAGUAGAAGUGGCAAUAUUCCCUCAAGCUCACAUGCUCCUUAAACUCUAGUGAGUUUAGGCCUGCUGCAUUUGGGUCAUAUAAAUAAUUUUUAGUUUGUCUCAUGUUAUAGAUUGAUUAUUCAUUAAGCCCAGGCUGAGUCAGUUCUGCAGAAAUGGGUUGGCAUGUUCCCCAUGCUGCAUUUUACUACCAAAAACCAAUUGCUCCAAGGAGACACUCUUUUUUUAUUGCAUUGUUUGGAAGAAAUUUUCAUUAACGCUCUUUUGUAUACAAUGGCUUUGGUUGAUACAUGCUUAAUGAAUAAAGCAUAUUGCAAUUUUGCAUGCA